AUGGCGUCGGCUGCGAUGUUCUCGUCGCUGAGGCGGCGGAGGUCGCCGACAGUGGAGGCGUUUCUAGCGCCCGUGGAUAUAUCCGACGCGGCGGUUUUGGAGACUUUGCGUGCCAUUUCCGCAGAGGUGGUGUCAUCGUUUUCAGGUAACGGUAAAACGACGCCGUUUUUCCAGCGGAGAAAUUCCAGAUCAUUAAUCCGAAAAAUUCAGGUGAUUUCUCUUCUCCUAGAUGCUUUACGCGAUGUGGAGUUCGCGGAAGCUGCUCCGACCGUGUUCUUGUGCUUGAAGGAGAUGCACCUCCUGCUUUACAGGUGUAAAAUAUUGAUUGAUUAUGUGGAUGUAUCGAGCAAGCUGUGGUUGCUGCUUCAAAACCACUCGAUUUCAGGUCAUUUCCACGAUUUGAACCAGGAAAUCUCGACACUUUUGGAUGUUUUUCCAUUGGGUGAAAUCAGUUUAUCUGAAGAUGUCAAAGAGCACAUUGAAUUGCUAUGCAACCAAGCCAGGAGGUCGAAAAUAUUCAUCGAUGAUCAUGAUGAUUGGCUGGGGUUGAGGUUGUAUCAUUUCUUCGAUGAGUUUGACCACGGAAGGAUUCCUGAGAGCACUGAAUUGCAUAAUUUCUUUGUGGAAAAUUUGGGGAUUUGCAGUGUGAAAAGCUGCAGAGCUGAAAUUGAGUUCUUGGAGGAGAUGAUCGUGAAUCAUGGUGGUGAUCUUGAGCCUACUGCAUCAAUUCUUUAUGGAUUUGUAGCUAUAAUGAGGUACUGCAGGUUCUUGUUGUUCGAUUCUGAGGAUGAGGAAGACGAGCUCGGGAACUGGAGUUAUAGAACGGUGAAGAAAGGGUUGGUUAUGCAGGAGAUUGCAGAGACAUUUGUUGCAGUUCCGAAGGAUUUUUGUUGCCCGAUAUCAUUGGACUUGAUGCACGAUCCCGUGGUGAUAUCAACUGGGCAGACGUAUGAUCGGACAUCGAUUUCAAGAUGGAUGCAGGAAGGGCAUUGCACUUGUCCAAAGUCGGGGCAGAUGCUGGCUCAUACGAAGCUGGUCCCGAAUCGUGCUCUGCAGAAGUUGAUGAUGCAAUGGUGUAUGGGUAACGGGAUCGCGAGCGACACGCCCCAGAAUUCGGAUUAUGUUUCUGCAAACUCGUCGUCUGCUUUGACGAGCAGAGCUGCAGCUGUGGCUGUUAAAGCCACAACACGCCUGCUCGUGGAGCAGCUGUCGAACGGGUCUCAAAGAGCCAUGACUGUGGCUGCCAGGGAGAUUCGGUGGUUGGCGAAGACAGGGAGGGCGAACCGGGCCUGCAUUGCUGAGUCGGGUGCCAUUCCUCUUCUCAAGACACUGCUGUCAUCUUCGAAUCCUGUUACGCAGGAGAAUUGUAUAACUGCAAUGCUGAACCUGUCCAUCUACGAGAAGAAUAAAAGUACAAUCAUGGAUGUCGAAGGGUGUUUGGGGGAGAUUGUUGGAGUUUUGCGAAACGGGCACACGACAGAAGCGAGGGAGAACGCAGCGGCAACGCUGUUCAGUCUGUCCGCUGUUCACGACUACAAGAAAUUGAUAGCCCGCGAGGAUGGCGCUGUAAAAGCCCUGGUUGGGCUCUUGAAAGAAGGGACAUGGAGAGGUAAAAAAGAUGCCGUGACAGCUUUGUUUAAUUUAUCCACGCACACGGAAAACUGCGCGAGUCUUAUAGAGGCCGGGGCCAUAGCUGCGCUUGUUGAAGUUCUAGGACAAGACGAGGUCUCUGAAGAAGCGGCAGGUGUGCUGGCCAUCAUUGUCCGGCAGCCAUUAGGAGCUGCAGCGGUGGGAGGUGAGGAGGCAACAGUGUCGGGGCUGAUCGGAAUGAUGCGGUGUGGCACGGCAAGGGGUAAAGAAAAUGCUGUGGCGGCAUUGCUUGAGUUGUGCAGAAGCGGAGGGGCGGCGGCAACGGAGAGGGUUGUUAAGGCACCGGCGUUGGCGGGGCUGCUGCAGAGUCUACUGUUUACGGGAACCCGGCGAGCUAGAAGAAAAGCAGCAUCGCUGGCUCGAGUCUUCCAGAGGUGCGAGUACGCGUCGUUUCGGUACUCCCUUGCUGGAAGCUCGGCCGUGGGCAUGGACACAAGUUUUGCUGGUGAUGCUACGAUGGCAGUUCCUGUGCUAUAGUGUUGGCCCUGUCGUGUGUACAUUUGUGAUAUUGUUUGGAGGGUUCUAAUUGAAACGAAACUCUUAAGGAA